AAUAUGUAUGCUGGAAAUCUUUCUAAGAUGAAUGCUGGUGCCCUCGCCAUAGCUGUACCAGGGCAACUUGCAGGCCUUUACACAGCAUGGAAACAAUAUGGAAGGCUCCCAUGGAAGAGGCUUGUAUCACCUGCUGAGAAUCUUGCUCGUAAGGGAUUCAAAAUUUCACCCUAUCUCUUCAGACAAAUGAGAAUCACAGAAUCAUAUAUCAAGGCAGAUAAGGGACUUCGUGAAAUAUAUGCGCCUAGGGGGAACCUCUUGCAGUCCGGUCAGACGAUCAGUAACAAGAACCUAGCAAAUACGCUCUCUGAAAUUUCAAAAUAUGGCAUGGAUGCCUUCUAUAAUGGAUCAAUUGGACGUAAUUUGGUUACAGAUAUUAGGAAGGCUGGUGGGAUAGUGACAAUGGAGGACUUGCAGAGCUAUCGAGUCAAAUUUAGAGAACCAAUCGUUGCAAAUGUUUUUGGGUUUAAAGUAUUUACUGUGCCGCCUCCUGCUUCCGGGGGUGCAGUAUUGAUACUUAUGCUGAAUAUUCUUGCUCAAUAUAGUCGUUCUGGUCUUUCUGGCUCUCUUGGGGUACACCGUAUAAUUGAGGCUUUGAAACAUGCACUUGCUAUGAGGAUGAAUCUUGGUGAUCCGGAUUUUGUUGAUGUUUGGAAGGUUCUAUCUUCUAUGAUCUCUCCAAGUUUUGCAGCAAGGUUGAAGAACAGUAUAAAUGACAAUAAGACGUUUGAUUCUGAUUAUUAUGGUAGCAAGUGGGAUCAGGUCCAUGAUCAUGGCACCACUAAUUUAUGCAUAGUAGAUCGUGAGCGAAAUGUUGUUGCCAUGACUACCAGUAUAAACACUUUUUUUGGAUCAAAAUUUUUGUCACCAAGUACAGGGAUAGUCCUUAACAAUCAAAUGAAUGAUUUCUCCAUCCCUACUGCCACUGUUUCACGACCAGCACCAGCAAAUUUUAUCCAUCCAUCCAAAAGACCAUUGUCAACUAUGGCACCUACCAUUAUCCUGAAGGGUGGACGCUUGCGGGCUGUAAUAGGCUCAUCUGGAGGAAUGGCAAUACCUGAUGCGUUAUAUCCUAAUGUGCUGUAUUAUGAGAAUUUCAAAUCCAUUUUUGGAGACCAGUAUGAGGCUUCUGCACAGACAAGGGCAGCCCUACAAAAGAAGGGCCAUACAUUACGAAGCACUUAUGAUUGGACCAUUUGCACAUUUAUAGUUCGAGAGUUCGAUAAUUCAAGUUCUGGUAAGCUUGUGGCGGUGAGUGACCCGAGAAAGGGUGGUUUUCCAUCUGGUUACUGA